CACACCAUAGAACACUUCUUAAAUCUAAGCUAACUUAUCAGUGUUGAUAUUGCAGUUAAAUCCAAAGCUCAGAAAUUAUUGAUGACAGAUAAGUAUCUCAAGAAGCACUGGAUAUCAUCUGGGAUCCAAUAUGAAUAACCAUCCAUUCAAGAUGGAUUGGCUGGACUCAAGCCUGCAGGAGACAUUAUUCCCUGGCAAACCGUGGCACAAGGUUUAUGAAAAAUUAGAAUCUGCUCUUGUUUGUGAAAUUGAGGAUCAAUUGAAGAAUUCUGAACGAAGACAGAUAAUUCUACAGCUUUUGGGACGUCCUUUUGUACAAAAGAACAUCAGCCAACUGGAGCAGCCUGGUAUGCAGCAAUCACCCAAUAUGGACACUGAUCACCAUGAGGGCUUAGUUCGGGAUACAAGAGUGUGGUUACAUGAAAUUAUGCUGAAGACAGCUGAAAAGUGUGGCUGCCAAAGGAGGCUAGCUGGUGAUUAUUCUGACCUGUCAUCUGAGAUGAUCAACUUCAUUGAUGACACCUACAAACUGGUUUUCAUGGAGAUGGAACAGCUACUGGCAAGACACGAGGCAAAACAAAAUGAUUAUGACUCUGAUUUGGCACACAACUCAGCAACACGACAGUUUUCAUGGGCAGAAUUGGCUGGAAGACGCCCAAAAUCAGUGGAGAGUAAAGAUUUGCACCUGACAAUGCGGAGACGAUCUGAAUUUCGGUUAAAAUCGAAUGAUGGCAACAACCUGAGUCCCAAGUUGAACCCUCCAGCGCUGAGCUGUGUGCAGAGUGAGGUACUUGGAACCUCUGUCUGUGCUGUCCUCAGGUCAGAUCGUGAACAGAUGCUUGCUGUUAGUGAACAGCUGAAAGGAAAGUUGCUUCCAUCGACACUGAGAAGCUUCAUUUGGCUGGAUAAGCUGCUGAAAAUGAAUGAAAAGUACCAGACCAGAGCUUCAGUAGAAAGUGUUGAGAAAACUACCAGGGAAAGGUUUGGGUGGGUACUUGAACGCAGAGUGGCUGAACUGAAACUGAGAAGUGCGACACGUUCUCCUAUUUCAGGACUAGUAGAAAAUGCUGUAGUUGAGAAAUUUGAGAAGACACCCUGCAUGCAGCCCUUUGCCACAAAUGAGCAGAUGAUUUUAGAAGCCAGCAAAGCACUCAAUGUCCUAUACGUUUAUGAUGGAACCUACCAACCACACCUAAUAUACUGGCUCUUUCCUCUUCAGAUUGCUUUUAAAAAUGCCUCAUCCAAGUCUGAACAUCCGUAUGAGUUGGCAAUGUAUCUGCACCUGCUCAUUGACAAUGUAUUCCCAACUUGGCCGGAAGUUUUUGGAAUGGCUGAAAAAGUGAUGAAUCGUUUAGGAAAUGAAGACCCAAUACUCUUUGCUCACCUUCAUUCUUCGUUCACCAAGAAUGCCUUAAUUGAUCCCAAAGAAUUCCUACUGGAGCAAGUUGCGCGGGAAAAGGCACAGGUUCAGCAGUUACAUAGUACUGGGCACAACUCUGAAGAUAUGCAACACAUAAGCAAAGAAUUGCUGAAAAACCCAAUUAUACUCCUCAGGAAAUGGAUCGGAGAGGGUUUUGUAGGCAUCUUGGACAUGCCAGCCAUGUUGCUGAUCUGGGACCAGCUCUUUAUGCAAGACUGGAAGCCGUGGGUGAUGGAAGAUUUCUGCCUGACAAUCCUCUUGUUACUGAGGGAACCUUUGAUAGAGUCUGAUGAUCAUCACAGUCUGAAACAAGUAUUCUAUUCUCAUGCCAGCCACCUAUACACAGUAGAUAUUCAAAGAUCUUGGAUCCAUUUGCAACAAGGUGGCCUACCAGCUGAUAUUCCAGGAUUAAACCAAUUUAAAAUGAAGAAUCUGUAUGGACCAAACCCAAAGAACAAAAGAGCUUUGACAGGAUUCAGUGACACAGAUACUAAAGGCAUAUCUGGUGAGAUCCGACCUAUUGGAAUAAAGAACAUAUCCGUGAAACUAAAUUUGCUGAAAUCUAAAUUAGAGGAAUGGUUAAUGGAGUUCAAUCCACUUGCUAUAAAGUUAUCUGUUUCUGUGUUUCAUGGAAACUUAAAAUUACGCUCAAAGCCAUCUCUUUCUCUGCCAACCCUUCUGAAAUGGACUGAAGAAAGUACAUCCAAUGAGCCAGCAGUGAUUGAAGUAACUCUUAAGUUUAAUGAUAUAUUUGAGUUUGAAUCACUUGAUUUAAGUGAGUUCAAAGUCACAAAUUCAGCUGGCCAACCAUAUGUUGUUAUCAAAGCGGUGUAUUGUCCCACUAUGAAAGAUUUUGGACCAAUACCCAUUGGCUGGGUUAAGGUAGACCUAUUCCAUCAGGAAACCACACCAUCCGGGCUAGUAUGGGCACCUCAACCACAGUCCCUGGGCAUUAUACUGUAUCCGGGAAAUGUCCCUGACAAUAUUAUUGAUGGAGCUCCAUCUUAUUGCAAUUCAGAACAUGUCCAGCAAGGGUCAGAGAUCACACUAAUUGCUUAUGAUCCAUUCCUCGAAAAGCAGAAGCAUCAAGACCAGGAAACAGAGGAGAAAAAAUCGUUACCCUCUGAUGAACGCAUUCGAACUGUAUCAUGGGUUGCUCACAAUCCAACUGUCGAAUUACCAGAUGCUUCAAUGGUAAAUGAGCCCUUUGAUCUGUACAUUGAUGCAAUACGUUAUAUUCCAGACAAUGCAACCAUCACCAAGGUGACUGGACGACUGAUGCAUUCAGGCCGGGAUGACAUUCCUGACAUCUUAGCUUUCCCUGUACUCACCAGCCAAGCAAGGUGCUCAGAAUUCCGUUAUUGCAUGACUGUAAAUGUGAAAGGCAAAGAAACUCUAGAUCUUAAGGCAGUCGUUUUACUUAGAGUUUACACAAUCGAUUCUGACACUGGCAAACUGGUUGUUAUAGGGAACACUGUGAUUUCCUUGUUUAAUGAACGUGGAGAGUUAAAUGUUGGAGGAUUCCAAGUUAAACUGAGAGGAGGGAUGCCAUCAAAAGAACAGACUCUUCUCACUGCAUCAUCACUGAAUCAUCAUCCUAUCAUACCAUGCUGCAGUUUAUUAAUACGACUUUUACCACACACAAAGGAUCCCAUUCCUCCUCCAGACUACUUGAGUGGAUUUUACUUCACAGAGAAUGCAAAACCAAAUAACUCUGAGCUAGAAAUAAUUUCAUCCUUCCAACUGGAGAAGGAAUUUACAGCCUCUGUGAGUGAUGCAGCAGCAAACCUAAUGAGCAAGGAGCGGACUGAAGUUCCCCCUGAACAGUGGAAAGCUUGGUAUGAGGAAAGACUCGAUGGCAGGAAACACCUCCCAUCUCAGCAACCACCAGAGCACCUCAAUAUAUUCCACAUGGUUCGAUAUCGUCAAAGAGCUGGAAUACGCAUUCGAAUUAUCCAGGUUCAUGGGUUGAACGGAGAUGGCUUUUAUGUGAAUGGUUUUGCCAGAAUCCUUAAAGGAGGCAGUACAUUGCGAAUGCCUGAGAUAGCAGAAUUCAAUGAGAAAUUCUUGACCCGUAAGCAUGAUUUUUCCAGCCUUCAGAGAUCACCUUGCUGGAUAGAUCCAUCUCAGGUGUUACAUCCAACCUGGGAUAUCCACAGUGUGCUGCUAGUCCAGAUAUUUGGCAUCAAUGUUAUUUACACUCCUGAUCAUCGUGGUCAAGAACCAGGACAGGUCACAUCACGUUCAGGAAGAGAGCCAGACCAAGAUGAUUUGUUACAGUUUGGAUGGUCAGCAAUCCCUCUUUUUCACGGCCCCUAUGUGAAGACAGGAGUGCAUAAUGCUCCACUGUUUCAAGGCUCUCCUCAUGCUAAAUUUCUGGAUUAUGUGAUUUCACAUCCUGUGAAAUCUGUCAUGGAAGAAUGUCUGCACAAAAAAUGGUUGAAACUCACAAAAGAAUACAGCAGUAUUGCAGUAGAAGUGUGUGAUGGCCAUUACUUUGAUGAUGAACACUUUGAUUUGCCAGUUAUUAAUGAUCUUCUCGCAGUAGAUAAACAGAAUAAAUUUCUGAAGGUGCAAUCUAACCGGAAGGGAAAAGACAUGACCCAACUUGUCCUGCAGAGAUUGGAUCAGAGAAUCCAGAAAGUUGGAAGAAAUCACCCAGAUUAUGAACGCGAGGAACAGUUCUUUGAAGAAGCAAUGGCAGAGACGUUCUAUGGGCUCAUGGAGUCGGCACUAAUGACGGCAGGAUAUGGACCUCUCUGAACAAUAGCCAGAUGGAGUAAGGUUUCUACAGUUGUGAAAGCAGCAAAUGUAAACUUCAUGGCCUGAAAGGGAUUAGCAACCACCAUGUAAAUUAUUCUUUUAUUAUACUGCAACUCGGACAUUUUUACCUACAAAGCUUUUCUCUGAAGAGGCCAUGAUGUUUCAGCUCCAGUUUUUAUUUUAUUUGACAAAAAGUUUGAGUGAAAAUUUUACAAGCAAAACAAGCAUUAACUUACUCAGAACAGAAAAUAAAAUACUGCAAAUGCUGAACAUCUGAAAUAAAAGCAGAAAAUCCUGGAAAUACUCAGCAGUACAAGCAGUAAUAAUGGAAAGAAAAACAGAAUUAACGUUUCGGAAUAAUGAUCUUUCAUGAAAACUCAUGAGGUUCUAAUACCUGCUUUGAGGCAAUGGCCAUUGAUUUUUAUGAGACAAUUUUUACCUAAUAAACCCAUCAUGAAAGCCAAAUGCUUGGCAUAAUCUUUG